AUGGAAGCGUUUGAAUACAAUGCCAACCCGGCGCGGGUCGUCUUUGGAUUUGGAACUAUCAAGCAACUUCCCGACGAGAUCACUCGCCUGAACCUCUCUUCCCCGCUCCUCCUAUCCACGCCGCAACAGGUUCAACAGGCCGAUGAUUUGAAAAGCCUGUUGAAGGGCAAGGUGGCCGGUGUUUUCAUUGAAGCCACGAUGCACACGCCCACGCAUAUCACAGAAAAGGCACUUGCAUACGCCAAAGCGCAAGCCGCAGACAGCGUCAUUUCCAUCGGCGGAGGAAGUACCAUUGGACUGGGGAAGGCUAUUAGCAUCCGUACGGGCCUGCCACAUAUCUGCAUUCCUACCACGUAUGCAGGAAGUGAAAUGACGCCAAUCCUGGGUGAGACGGCGGAUGGCGUUAAGAAGACUAGGACCGACCCGAAGAUCUUACCUGGUACAGUCAUAUACGACGUGGAUUUCACAAUGUCGCUUCCCGUUGGAAUGAGCGCAACUAGUGGCGUGAAUGCCAUUGCCCAUGCCGUCGAAGCGCUUUAUGCUCGUAACGGCAACCCAAUCAUCCGCCUCCUUGCCCUUGAGGGUAUUCGCAGCCUUGCGACCGCUUUACCCGAGAUUGUUAAGAACCCUUCUUCCCGGGAUGCCCGUUCAUUGGCCCUCUACGGUGCCUGGCUUUGCGGAACGUGUCUCGGCAGCGUUGGGAUGUCUAUUCAUCAUAAGCUGUGCCAUACGCUUGGCGGCAGCUUCGACCUUCCCCACGCAGAAACCCAUACGGCUGUCCUCCCACACGCCAUCUCGUACAAUGCGCCGUCCAUCCCAGAUGCGAUGAAGGCCUUGGCGGAAGCUCUUCCCGAAAGUAAGGGCGACGCUAUCCACGGCUUGAACGUGCUCUUGUCAAAAUUACAAGUGAAAAGGGCGUUGAAAGACUUUGGAAUGAAGGAGGAAGACAUUGACAAGGGUGCUGAUAUUGCCGUUAGCAACCCCUAUUGGAAUCCUCGGGAGAUCCAGAGAGAACCAAUUCGGGAGCUGAUCAGACGUGUUUGGGCUGGGCGAAACUGGCCAGCGAACACCGCAGUGCGUAACUCGUGUGCUCAGGCACUCUCCCGAAACAAAAUGGGAAUACCGGAAGUUGCGCCGGUGCUUUCUACCCCAGAUGACCACAUCCUCGAAGCAACCGAACCCAUCGUUACCCCGCGGACGCACAAAUCUGAUGAAGAGCUGCGCAUCACAUACGAUAUUGAACGCACAAUAAAGGAGAUCAAACAAGGACGAUGGCGGAAAGUUGCUCUACAGUUUCCCGACGAGAUGUUACCCGACGCCCCGCGUGUCUUCCAGCUGCUAAGUCGGGGUCUAGAAUGGCUGGACUUUCCGCAGCAAAGGGUUAAAGCUGCCCAAGGCACUGUUACAUGCGCAUGUGGAAGGCCAUCGAAGAACACAGCAGAGGGUGUGGAUGUUGAGGCCGUCGCAGAAGCUGUGGCGAACGAUUUGAACGUCAAGGACUCGUUGGAUGGUCUGCCGCCGAGAUUAUACAUUUUAGGGGACACCUCCUACGGGACCUGUUGCGUGGACGAAGUGGCUGCCGAGCACGUCGACGCCGAUGUCGUAGUUCACUACGGUAGAGCGUGCCUGUCUCCCACGGCGCGAUUGCCCGUCAUACAUGUGUUUACCCACAGGCCAUUGGAUCAUGGGCUGGUCCUCAGGGCGUUUGAAGAGACUUUCCCCAAUAAAGAUGAAAGAAUUUUGAUAGUUGCGGACGUUACAUAUGCGGACCAUGUCGAGCCGAUCGCCUUGAAACUAACACAGGAGAUGGGUUAUUCAAACGUCUUCGCUACCAGUGUAGUGCAUGAUCCCGCUUCACCAGUUCCAAACAGGACGAUUCCAGACGCUGUUCGAGGCGACUCUGAAAUUUUGAGAGAAUGGCAGUUGUUCCACAUAUCAGACCCGCCGACAUCGCUACUCCUUACACUGUCAUCUCGAGUCGCGUCUAUUCGUAUAUAUCCCACGGACCAAGAACCUCCUUUAUCUAAACAGCCUCCAAAGCCUCUCCUUACAUCCACGGCAGCAGCACUUCGCCGGAGAUAUGCAAUUAUAACAUCUCUCAGCACGACGCCCAUUUUUGGUAUACUUAUCAAUACGCUCAGUGUCAAGAAUUAUUUACCGAUGGUGAAACAUGUCCAGAAGCAAAUUGCUGCGGCUGGGAAGAAAAGUUAUUUAUUCGUCGUUGGCGGAUGGGUCGUCAUCGGAUGCUGGGAAAGCUCGCUUGUAGACAGCACAGAAUUUUGGAAGCCAGUCAUUACGCCCUUUGAGUUGGAGCUGGCUUUACAGAGCGAUGAAGAUCGAGUCUGGACUGGGGAGUGGCGAAGUGAUUUCCAGGCCGUGCUUGAUGGUGCGAAGGCCGGUGAGGGCGGUCAGCCCAAUGGCAACCGCGUUGAAGCUCAAGUGCCCAACAGUGAAGCCGACCAUGACGAUGGGAGCGAUGCCUUUUCAGACGCCGAAGAAUCCGCACCUCCGGAAUUUGACCUCCGUACUGGGAAAUAUGUUUCCGUUUCAAGCACUCGUCCAAUGCGAUCGCCACAUGCCUCAGCAUCCGUAGCAACGCGUGGUUCGAUUGAAGGCAGGAGUUCCAAGGCGCUUACCAAACGGGCAAAUGGGGAUCUUGCGACGAUUGCCGGAGUUUUGUCGCCCGGCGCUGAGUUUUUGCGAUCAAACAGAACUUGGAACGGGCUCGGGAGCGACUUUACCAUUCAGUAUGAAGAUGACGGCAUGAAUGAGGAAGGGAGCCCGGUUGUCGAAGGCCGGAGCGGUAUUGCUCGAGGAUAUACUGUCGGUGAAUUGGAGGAGCGUCGAUAG